CAGCAAAGCAACGCAUCGCAUCGUCGAAGCCUCACUCAUUCUCCCGCUCAUCACUCCCACCCUCUCUUCAUCAUCUCGCCUUGUUUUUGUUUUGACUUGUACCACAAUUCAGACCUUUUUGUACCAACACCCUUUUCUUCCCUUGUAUUCUGAAUCAUUCAACUACCUUUGCCGACCGGAACCUUAGCAAUCACCACCCUGCGAACACCUUCUCCAGACACACCUUGCGAUCAUGGAUACCCUCGUGGCCCAAUACACUCAAGCUCCGUUUGGCCACGAAGGCUUUCCAUCGGAAGACCAGCAAGACUAUCAAGAUGCCACACCUCCGCUGUCCCUCAAGUUUGCCCUCCCUCCUGUACCUCGACCAUCUGCAUUCCUUCGAGCUGCCACCGAUGAUUAUUCCAAUCCCAAUUGCCCCAUCAAGAUUGCCCACGGAACAACUACCUUGGCUUUCCGGUUCAAGGGAGGCAUCAUUGUAGCGACCGAUUCAAGAGCCACCGCAGGAAACUGGAUCGCCUCACAGACCGUCAAGAAGGUCAUUGAGAUCAACCCCAUGUUAUUAGGAACCAUGGCCGGUGGAGCUGCUGAUUGUCAAUACUGGCUCGCAUAUCUCGGUAUCCAAUGUCGUCUGCACGAACUGCGGCAGAAACAACGAAUUUCGGUUGCGGCUGCAUCCAAGAUCCUCGCUAACCUGGUUUACUCAUACAAGGGCAUGGGCCUGUCGAUGGGAACCAUGAUCACUGGAGUCACGCCCUCGGAAGGACCGGCGCUUUAUUACAUCGACUCGGAUGGCACACGUCUCUCGGGCAACCUCUUCUGCGUCGGCUCUGGCCAGACAUUUGCUUAUGGUGUGCUUGACGCGCAGUACAAGUAUGAUUUGGAGGAUGACGAAGCCUUGGAAUUGGGUCGAAGGAGUAUUCUGGCGGCCACCCACCGAGAUGCCUAUUCUGGCGGUUACAUCAACCUGUACCAUGUCAAGGAAGACGGUUGGGUCAAGCACGGUUUCUUCGACACCAACCCCAUAUUCUGGGAGACCAAGUUGACCAAGGGAGAAUUCUCCAAUGUCACAAGCGACCUUUCGUGAGCAUUGCCUUGAGACAAACAUAUUAUGGGCAAGAGUCGCCCUUCAUGGGCUUCUACCUUGACUGGGUUGGUUGGCGUUUUCUCGGCGGACACAGAGACGACUGUGGAGGAGUAGUGUACCAUCACUCACACAUAGCACGUGUGACCCCAUUAGAUCGAAAUACAAUCAAUCACCUACCAGCAGUUA